AUGCUCCCUCUCAUGAACAAUAUUGGAACAUACACUAUUGUUGAGAAAAAGAAAGAAGAUUUAAAUGAAUCCGAUAAAGGAGCGUCAAGUUCGUAUAGUGGAUAUCUUCCACCAGAUGAAGAAUUGGAGCAACAACGAUCUCAAAUAAAAAACAACUCCGAAAGCAAAUUGAAUAAACUUAAAGGGCUCACAGCAGACUCUCUGCCUGUGAAAUUCAAGGCCAACGUCCCUGAUGCGUCAACACUAAGAAAGCGAGGUGCCAAAUCUACUAAUUCCACCAACACCGACCCUAAUUCGUUCGACUAUGACAUUGACGAAUUGAUUGCUAAAGAGAAUAAAUUGGAAAGAGAACAGCAACUAGAAGAACUCAAAAAGUUACAAGGUGACAUACGGGAAGUUUGA